CCCCACACUCGGCUAAAUCCAGAUGUUGCAGUAGAGAAGCUGCGACAUACCAACUAACUCUUCCCCUAAAUAAAGUCACCACCACUGUUCAGUUACUUCGAUGCUCAAGGCACUAAUCAAUUUUGAAUUUCCGGCGACUUGAGUCAGAAUUCUUGCCGUGUUUUCGUCGUUUUCCGGGAUGGGUGUACAUAGUGAUGACGUGGUAUUGAUUCAGAAGGGGAAGCAGCCUGGUGAACCAUGUGUGAUCACCGUGAAUUGUCCAGACAAGACCGGCCUCGGAUGCGAUCUUUGCAGAAUCAUCCUCGAAUUCGGGCUUUGCAUUACUAGAGGAGAUGUUUCAACUGAUGGGAGAUGGUGCUACGUAGUACUGUGGGUGGUGCCUCAUCCUGUAUCGCUUACUAUUAGUUGGGGAAAUUUAAAAAACCGUCUUCUAUCUGUAUGCCCAUCAUGUUCGGUUUCAUUUUACUUCAAUCAACAUUCCAGUCGUUCUACUCCUUCCCCAGUUUACCUGUUGAAAUUAUUUUGCCUCAACCGAAAAGGACUGCUACAUGAUGUCACUCAGGUCCUCUGCGAGCUUGAACUUACCAUUCAGAGGGUAAAAGUGAUGACAACGCCCGAUGGCAGAGUCAUGGACCUCUUCUUUAUUACAGAUGGAAUGGAGCUAUUGCACACAAAAAAACGACAGGAUGAGACAUGUGAGCAGCUGAAUUCUGUUCUAGGAGAGUCCUGUGUCAGUUGUGAGCUCCAGUUGGCUGGACCUGAAUAUGAAAUUCAACAGGAGUUCUCUUCUAUUUUGCCAGUGGCUGCUGAGGAACUGUUUGGUUGUGAACUAUUGGACAAGGAAACUCGUACACAAGCUCUUAGUGCAGAUUUGACAAAACUCAAGAAGGCCAGUGUUACAAUAGACAAUUCCUUGAGCCCAGCUCAUACCUUGUUUCAAAUGCAUUGUGUUGAUCAAAAGUGUCUUUUAUAUGACAUUAUGAGAACUCUGAAGGACUGCAAUAUUCAGAUAGCUUAUGGCCGAUAUUCAUCAAGUAUGAAUGAUUAUCGAGAUGUGGACCUGUUUCUCCAGCAAACUGAUGGGAAAAAGAUAGUAGAUCCUGAAAAGCAGAGCACAUUGUGUUCCCGUUUGAAGGUGGAGAUGCUUCACCCGUUGCGAGUGACCAUUGCCAACCGUGGGCCAGAUACUGAACUCUUGGUUGCUAAUCCAGUAGAAUUGUCUGGAAAAGGCAGGCCACGUGUUUUCUAUGAUGUUACUCUUGCUCUAAAAAUGCUAGGGAUCUGCAUUUUCUCGGCUGAAAUUGGAAGGUAUUCUGCCUCUGGUCGUCAAUGGGAAGUAUACAAGUUUCUUUUGGAAGAAAGCCAUGAGUUUCGUUUGUCAAAUAGUCAAGCCAGGACACAGGUUGUAGACAGGGAUUACUCUUCAUCAUUGUGCGAGAGGGUACUGGUGUUUUCGUCGUCAUUGCAGCAAGCUGCCGAUGAGGUGCUACCUUUCACAAUCCCAAACUUGAGAGAAUGGUGGAAGUGAUUCUGACACAAACUAACGACAAGGGAGGUUUUGUGGUGGGCACACUCUGUUCAUAUGCUGGGCAGUUCGGGGAUCCAACAUAUACAAAAAUCUUUGUUGGUGGGUUGGCCUGGGAAACUCCCUGAGAAAUGAUGAGAUGCUGUGUUGAGCAAUUUGGAGAGAUCCAAGAGUUCGGGGAUCCAAGAAUUCUCCUUUGGAGGAGAAAUCGAAUCCUGGGUACAACGUUUGCAACAUGAGGUGGCAAGUUUCGCUAAUUCGUGGUCAGUAGAGUUACAGUUUCUAGGAAUGAAAGACGCAAUACAAGAGAGGAACUGUUUCAUGAGAACUGUGAAGCCACCAGUACCAACUACAGUGUGGAGAGUGGGAUAUGUUGGUUUAUUACGCUCGAUGUUCGGAAAGAUUGUUCCAAUUAGUCCACACAAAUCCAUUAUUAUUUUAUAUUGAAACUUUCUAUAAAAUUUCUGGUUAUUGUUGAAA